GCCAUGUCGGCGGCCACCAUCGUGCACGACCCGUCGGAGGCGGUGGCGCUGUGCCCGGCGCUGGGCCUGUACCUGAAGCCGAUCACGAAGAUGGCGAUCUCGGUGUCGCUGCCGCCGCUGCGCCAGCCGGGGAAGUCGAUCUCGAACUGGGAGGUGAUGGAGCGGCUGAAGGCGAUGGCGGGCGCGCGGGACGCGCCCUUCUCGGCGCUGCGCAUCGCCAAGAGCACGCUGGACUUCAUCCGCUUCGAGGGCGAGGUGGAGAACCGCGGCCUGGUGCGCGCCGCGCUCGCCGCGCUGGACGGCAAGACCAUCAAGCUCAGCGGCUUCGCCGACGCCCUGCGCGUCCGCGCCGCCGAGUUCCGCGCCGACUUCCCCUCCCGCCACGACUGGGACUCCUUCUUCCGCGACGCCGCCGACAUGAACGAGGCGCUGCCCGGCGAGCGCCCCGACACCAUCCACCUCGAGGGGCUGCCCUGCCGCUGGUUCGCCGCCCGCGAGGCCGCGGCCGCGCCCGCCACCGCGUCCGCCACGGCCGGGUCCGCCGCCCCCACGGCCGCCACCGCGUCCCGCCUCGCGCCCGGGUCGGCCCCGGGUCCCGCGUCGGCGGCGUCGGGGUCCGGGCCGGAGCGUCCGUCGGAGGCGGUGCUGCGCCAGGUGUUCGGCGCGUUCGGCGAGAUCCGCCACGUCGACAUCCCCAUGCUGGACCCCUACCGCGAGGAGAUGGCCGGGCGCAGCUUCCACACCUUCAGCUUCGGCGGCCAUCUUAACUUCGAGGCCUACGUGCAGUACCGCGAGUACGCGGGCUUCGCGCGCGCCAUGGCCGCCCUGCGCGGGAUGAAGCUCAUGCUCAAGGGCGAGGACGGCAAGGCCGUGGCCUGCGGCAUCAAGGUGACCUUCGACGCCACCAAGCACCUGAGCGAGGCCUCGAUCCGGCGCCGGGCGCAGGAGCGGCAGAAGCUGCAGGAGCUCGAGCUGCAGCGCGAGGAGCAGAAGCGCAGGGAGCGCGAGGCCGAGGAGCGGCGGCGGGCGGAGGAGCGGAAGCAGCGCGAGGCCGAGGAGCAGGAGCGCGAGCGGCGUCGGGAGGAGAAGCUGCGCCGCCGGGAGCAGCGGGCCCGGGCGCGGGAGCAGAGGCGGAGCCGGCGCCGCGUGGAGAAGCUGCGGGCGGAGGAGCAGCGGCGGCUGAGGGGGCGUGUCCGCGCCGAGGAGCGGCGGCUCCUGCUCGCCCAGCGCAACCUGCAGUCGCUGCGCCUGGUGGCCGAGCUGCUGGGCCGCGCCGAGGCCGCGCGCCUCCGCGAGCGCGCCCAGUCCGAGGAGCGGCGCCGCCGCGAGCGGGAGGCCGAGCGCCGGCGCCUGCAGGAGGCGGAGCUUCGCCGCGUGGAGGAGGAGAAGCGGCGGGCGCUGGGGCUGCAGCGUCGGGAGCGCGAGCUCCGCCAACGCCUCGUGGCCCUGCUGCUCGCCCGCCGCCCCGGCGACCCCGGCGCCGACCCCCGCGACCCCGACCCCGGCUCCGACCCCGGGGACCGCGCCGCCCGCGCCGACGACCUGCUCCGCCCCGUGCUCGACAUGCUGAGGGGCGUGGCCCGCGGCCGGGCGGCAGCCGCGGAGACGGGAAGCGGCCCCCCCGGCGCGGGAAGUGACCUCGCGGUGACCGGAAGCGACGCCACGGCACCCGUAGGUGGCGGGAAACAGACAGGAAGUGACGUCGUGGGGACAGGAAGUGGCGCGGGCGCAGGAAGUGACGUCAAAGACGGCAAAGGCGACGCUGAGGAGACAGGAAGUGAAGUCAGAGCAGCAGGAAAAGACCUGGGCCGGGUCCCCGAUGACGCCACAGCCAAGGCCACGCCCCCGGCCGCCGCCUCCGCCACCACCACCACCGGCGGAGGUGACCGUGACAUCGGUGGGAAGGAGCCACGCCCACCUCCGCCCCGGAAGCUGCGAGAGGGGGGCGGGGCCGAGGAGGAGGAGGAGGGCGGGGAUCGCGAGCGCCGCCGAGGCCGCGAGAAGGACAAGGACCGCGGGGGGCGGGACAGGAAGCGAGGGCGGCGCCACCGCGAGGACCGGGACCACGAACGCUCGCGGUCGCGCUCGCCACGGCACCGCCCCGCCUGGAGCCGGUAAUGGCCGCCCGCCCGCGUGUAGGGCGACAGGAAGUGACGGGCAGGAAGUCCCGCCCACGGCCCGGAUGAUGUCGUAGACGCCUGGGCAGCCAUCUUGGUUUUUUUUUUUUCCACUGUGAGUUUUGUUGGGGGCGGGGCCCGGGGCGGGGCCUGGCGUGAUUGACGAGGCUGCGAGAAAUAAACGCGUUUUGACCCCGUGA